GAUGCUAAUUCUAUAUGCAAUAUUACAAACUCUCCAAGAACAUGUCAAUGCUUGGAAGGUUUUGUUCCAAAGCACAAUGAAAAGUGGAAUUCUUUUGAUUGGUAUGGUGGAUGCGUUAGAAGAACAAGGUUAAAUUGUAUUGGAGAUGGAUUUCUAAAGCACUCAGGAGUAGAGUUGCCGGAUACCUCCUCUUCUUGGUUUGACAGGAGAUUGAGUCUCGAAGAAUGUGAGAAAAUUUGUUUGAAAAACUGCGCUUGUACACCAUAUGCAAAUUUAGAUGUUAAAAGUAAUACUGGCUGUUUGAUUUGGUUUGGAAAUAUAACGGACUUGACAAAACAUAUCGACCAAGGACAAGAUAUUUUCAUAAGACUUGCAGCCUCAGAGUUAGGUCAUCGAAGAAAUAAGUGGAGUUUUAUCAACGAAAAGUUCGCAGGGGUUCUAGGAGUAAUCAUUUUAUUCAUUGUGAUUCUUGGAAUAGCCACAUUUACAUAUAAAAAGAGGAAAAAGCUUACAAAGCCAGAGAUGCUAAAAAUAUUUCAUAGGAAGUACAAAAGGGAGAAGGAAGAUGUGCAGUUAUCGACAAUAUUUGAUUUUUCACUCAUAUCCAACGCUACGAAUCACUUUUCAGAAAGUAACAAGUUAGGGCAAGGUGGUUUUGGACCAGUAUACAAGGGCAUAUUGGAAGAUGAACUAGAGAUUGCAGUCAAGAGGCUAUUAAAAACUUGUGAACAUGGAGAAGAACAGUUCAAAAAUGAAGUCAUGUUGAUGGCAAAGCUCCAACAUCGCAAUCUUGUUAAACUUCUUGGUUGUUCGAUUCAUCAAGAGGAAAAGCUCUUAAUCUAUGAGUUCAUGCCUAAUAGAAGCUUGGAUUAUUUCAUUUUUGAUUCAACUAGAAAGAAACAAUUAGAUCUGACAAAACGGUUCCAAAUUAUUGACGGGAUUGCUCGAGGGGUGCUAUAUCUUCAUCAAGACUCAAGAUUAAGAAUCAUCCAUAGAGACUUGAAAACAAGUAAUAUUCUUCUUGAUAAUGAUAUGAAUCCAAAAAUAUCAGAUUUCGGUCUAGCUAGAACAUUCAGAGGCGAUCUAGACGAGUCCAAUACAAAUCGAUUGAUGGGAACAUAUGGUUAUAUGCCUCCUGAAUAUGCGGUGCACGGAUCAUUUUCAAUAAAAUCAGAUGUUUUUAGUUUUAGUGUAAUUGUUAUAGAGGUAAUUAGUGGGAGAAAGAUUCGGAAUUUUUAUGACCCUCAUCGUCAUCUUAAUCUUCUUGGUCAUGCAUGGAGACCAUGGAAUGAAGCAAAGGCACAAGAGCUAAUGGAUGACAUAUUCCAUGGUACAAGUACAACCAUUCCAUGUGACAUAUUGAAAUGUAUUCAUGUUGGUCUACUGUGUGUGCAACAGAUACCAGAACAAAGACCUAACAUGUCAUCUGUGGUCUUAAUGUUGAAUGGCGAAAAACUGUUGCCGGAACCUAGCCAACCGGGGUUCUAUGCUGGAACAACUCAUCAUCCAAUUCAGGUAGAAUCUUCUUCAAUAAGUUAUGGAGAUUGUUCACAAAAUGAAGCUUCUGUGACAUUAUUCGAGGCGCGAUAGAAUGUUAUUAUGGUAAUGCCAAUCAAUGAUUAAAGGUGCAUUUGGAGGAAUUUAUUUGAACUUAUUUUACAACUAAAGUGCUUGGAGGAAUGAUUGCAGCAAGAAAUAUUGAUCCUAAUUUAGCCUUUAAAUGUUGAUUUUGGCCUAUAUAAAAUGACCAAGUUGUGAAAUGAUAAGUAUCUACUUAAGUGAGUAUUUGAUUCUCUUUUCUUGAACCUGUUGCUUAUUGUGGAACAACCUCGUUAGCUCUUUGUGUUAAACAUAGGUGUGUUGUCAAAGAAGAACAGGUGCAAUGUAUAUGCUCUGUAUUUAAGAAAUUCAAAUGGCCAAUAUGCUUAGGAUUUAUGAAUUCAGUAUGAGGAUUUUUUGUGGU